AUGUUCGCACUCGCUGCCUGGCGCGGCUUCUCCGUCCUUGCUCUUGGUGUGUGUUCUCGUGCUGGUCAAAAACACUACCUGGUGUCUGUCAACCUCGAUGUCAUCCUCUUGGCAGCAAUGCUCGAUGGUAUCUUGUGUUCUGUCUGGUCCUCCUACGCAACGCCGGUCGGCGGUGGGUCAGAGACCGCUCAGUCCUGGUGGCUGAGCUGGGCUCUGGCUAUCGCCGUCGCCGGCAGACUCACUGGCACUCUCCUGUCCACCCUACUCGGUCGCCAAUGCGACUCGGAACUACUGGCAUAUAAACGAUGGGAAUUGAUUCUCGUGGCCAGGAAGUGGAAGCUGACGGUCCAUCGGUUUGGUCUGCUUAGCGAGUCUCCCUUGAUGGUCGAGACCGCGGCGGUGAAAACGAUUGGCUACAGUUCCGAAGAGAAAGGUAAGCAGAAGGUACGACAGGAACGGCCUUCGGACAAGGACUGGAGAGCACUGGAUCGUCGGGAGACUCGACUGAAGGACAAGACGAAAGCGCUACAGCAGCGGAUCGGUCGGAAGAUUGGGCAGUACCGCGAGACCAUUGGCGGGCUCGAGGAGAAACUCCGGUCGAAAGACCUCUCCAUCGAGACACUCAGCGCACAGCUCAGGAAGCUGGGUGCUGAGGCAGGCCAUGAGGCGGAGAAGCUCAAGACUGAUCUGGCAACACGUAGCGUGGACAUUGCACGGACGGAGCGGGAUGAGGAGCUGGCGGCGGUGCAGCGUCAGAAGGCUGAGCUGCAGGGACGGGUGGAUGAGCAGAGUGUGCUGCUCCAGGGUGCGAUGAUGGAGCAGCAGCGGAUGGAGUCGCGGCAGACGGUGCACAAGGCGGGUUGCAGCGCAUUGGAGGCGGCGGAGGGCGAGAAUGGCGAGCUGAAGGAGGCAAAUGCGACUCAGGCUGUUCUAGCAGAGCGCACGGCUGCGCUGGAUCAGGCGACCGCCGAUAAGGCUUCUCUCCAGGCGAGUGAUCCGUGUACUGCAAUCAUUGACGAGCGGUGCUCGAGCCAGGCCGCGAUGGUGGAGACAGUCCAGCAAGAGAACAUGGAGCUGAAGCAAGGCCAGCAAGAACGCGAUGCGGAAUUGGAGGCACUCCGGGAGCAGCUUCGCAUGAGCCGCGAAGAAGCAGACGGCCUCCGUGCACAGCUGCAGCAACAAGAUCAGACGCAGGUCGCAGAGGACGGCCUGACGGCACACCUGCCUCCUCAGGACGGCGAUGACGACACCAUGGGCAUGCUGUCGUUCUCUGGGGCGAUCCACUCACUCGAGUCUCUAGACAGUGUAGACAGCGUGCUUGGGGGUGUGAUUGUAGAGCGGUCGGCACUGACGGCAGCUACUCCCUCGCAGUUGGUGGACACCCUUGCGGAUCAUAUUCCUCCUAUCGACGACGCAUCUGUGGCGUCGUCUGGUGCGACGACAUCGGACGGCACUGUUGUUCCAGUCACGGAGGACAGUGAAGACAGCGAGGUUAGCGAAGCCAGCGUGGAUUCCGCGACGCUAUGGUCUGGUCGACGCCUGCAAGACUCGGUCGAGCUGCGUUCUACUCAGUGGCUGACUCUCGCCAAGCCUAAGGGCCCUGACUCUGCCGAUGACACUACGGUUGACGUUUCGCUGGAGAUGUCUCAGGAUCUGGCACCGAAUGCGUCGAUGGAGAAUGCACAGGGCUCUGACUGGGACAUCGACCCUCGACUGGAGGCAUAUAUUCCACCUCCGCCGAAGACGAUGGAGGAGAUUCGGCGUGAGGCGGACGAAGCGUUCGAUCUAUUGAACCCGAAUUGGGAUGCCCAACGUGCACGCGAGGAGGCGGAGCUGUCAUCGGACUCGAUCCACUUUGGCUACAUUCCUCCUUGGCUGCUGGGCAACUUGGCCGAGACGAGCUUCAGCGGUCUGUCAGAUGUCUCCUCGGGAUGGUCCGUUGGCGAAGAGGACGACUCGGUCGAGCUGCGUUCUACUCAGUGGCUGACUCUCGCCAAGCCUAAGGGCCCUGACUCUGCCGAUGACACUACGGUUGACGUUUCGCUGGAGAUGUCUCAGGAUCUGGCACCGAAUGCGUCGAUGGAGAAUGCACAGGGCUCUGACUGGGACAUCGACCCUCGACUGGAGGCAUAUAUUCCACCUCCGCCGAAGACGAUGGAGGAGAUUCGGCGUGAGGCGGACGAAGCGUUCGAUCUAUUGAACCCGAAUUGGGAUGCCCAACGUGCACGCGAGGAGGCGGAGCUGUCAUCGGACUCGAUCCACUUUGGCUACAUUCCUCCUUGGCUGCUGGGCAACUUGGCCGAGACGAGCUUCAGCGGUCUGUCAGAUGUCUCCUCGGGAUGGUCCGUUGGCGAAGAGGACGGUCUGGCGAACACGUCGAUGGAGAAUGCGCAGGGUUCGGACUGGGACAUCAAUCCGCGCCUGGAAGCGUACAUCCCCCCGCCGCCUAGGACGAUGGAGGAGAUUCGACGUGAGGCAGACGAGGCUUUCGACCAGUGGAACCCGAACUGGGAUGCUCAACGUGCACGUGAGGAGGCAGAGCGUUCGUCGGACUCGAUCCACUUUGGCUACAUCCCUCCUUGGCUCCUGGGCAACCUGGCCGAUACGUCUUUCAGUGGUCUUUCGGACGUCUCCUCGUCAUGGUCUGUGGCUAGAGAGGAUGCUCCGACGAACGGAACCAUGGAGAAUGCUGCUGGCUCUGAUGGGGCGGCUGACGUGGGUCUGGAGGCGUGCAUCCAUCCGGGCGAUGACCUUGCGGCGCAUCUCCCUCCUAUCGACGGCGCGCAGGGCGCGUAG